AUGCAACAGGAAGUGGAAAAGCCCUCUCGGGGACCUCAGUCCCAAUUUCAACAGGGUCAUCAAAUCCCUGUUGAGCACCACGAAAAGCCCGGCUUACAGGCUGAGAUGGAAGGUCCAAAGCCAACCUCAGAACAAAUCCCAACUGAGGAUAACGGGUAUCAGACCUACAAAGCAGCGGGGAAGCUCUCAGGGAAGAAUGCCAUAAUCACUGGUGGCGACUCAGGAAUCGGUCGCGCAAUUGCCAUUCUAUUUGCCAUGGAAGGAGCGUCUAGCCUGAUCACGUAUCUGCCAGAAGAGGAAAAAGAUGCGCAGGAGACAAAGAAACGAGUGGAAGAAAUAGGGCAGCGCUGUUAUUGCUUCGCAACCGACCUUCGGUAUAAAAAUAAUUGCCAAAAGGUGGUCGACACAGCCCUGAAGAGCUUGGGUGGUAUUGAUAUCCUAGUCAACAAUGCUGGGACUCAAACGAUGAUUGACGAUAUCAAGGAUUUAAAAGAGUCCCAAUGGGAAAGCACAUUCGACACUAAUAUUCACCCUAUCUUCUAUCUCUCGAAGUACACGCUUCCUCACCUCAAUAACGGGUCGACGAUAAUUAAUUGCGCUUCCGUCAACCACUAUAUCGGUCGCCCUGAUCUGCUUGACUAUACGUCAACAAAGGGAGCAAUCGUUGCGUUUACCAGGGCAUUGUCCAACCAGCAAGUCAAGAAUGGAAUCCGGGUGAAUUGUGUGUGUCCUGGGCCAAGUAAGUAG